AUGAAGCCCCUGGAGGCAUGUCUUCGACGUAAAUGGGUCGACCACUUGAGAGCCGAAAUCGACGGCUCGAAAAUGUCGGACGAACCCUUCAAGCUACGUGCGCCGGAUCGCUUCGAGCUUGUCGAAUGGGUCAACGACGCGUGGGACAGCAUCGCUAGACGAACCAUCAUCAGCGGGUUUGAAAAAUGCCACGUCAUCCAGAAUGCCAACCAAGAGACCCAAGGCGUCCACCACCGCAACGGCAUCGACUUCCAAGACGACGAAACAUUGGACAGCUCCAACCACGACGACGUCACUGCAGCGGCCAGUGUUCUUGAAUCGCUCCUACAAAUGGAUGUUGUCAACGUCGAAAUCUUGCCAUUGGCCGAUUAA